UUACUUUUAUUUUUCACAGAUACGCAGUGAACACAAGUUACAUGUAACGUACCUAUUAAAUGUAAUUUUCUCAAUAAUAUAAUUGUAAUAUAAAAUACGUGUUACAUUACAGUUAUAUUGUGGAGUGGGAAUUACAUCUAACAGGUACAUUACAUGUAACUUUGUAUUCACUUGGUAACUACACACACAAGCAGAAGAGAAGAGGAAGAAGAACAAUAAACCGCGAAAUAAUUAAAGAUCCCUCACAGAAAGAUUAUCACGUUUUAUUCUUCUCACUGUGCUUACAUACCAGUAUUUCAGAACGAACCGAAACUACCACCGAGCGAAACGCGGGCAUUGCAAAAAAUGAAUCGGACGAAGAAAAGAGAGAAAUUCAUGGAGCCGAUUAAAAGGCUCUACAGAAACAAAAACUUCAUUUUGCUCUGUAAUUCCUAUGGUUUGAAUAUCGGCGUGUUCAGUGUUAUAUCUACAUUACUCAAUCAGAUAUUCCUCGCACACUUCGAGAAUGGAGAAGAAGAUGCAGGUAGAAUUGGCUCAAUCAUAAUUCUUAUCGGUCUGGUCGGUUCUGUUAGUUUUGGUAUCAUCCUUGAUAAAACGCAUAAAUACAAACAAACUGCCAUGACUGUAUAUUUUCUUAUAUUUUGUGGUCAAAUAUUAUUCACGGUGUUUACUUGCAUGGGUAUAAAAUGGAUGGUAUACAUGUUGGCGAUUUUCUUAGGAUACUUUAUGUCGGGAUAUAUGGCAAUGGGAUAUGAUUUGUACACCGAAUAUACGUAUCCAGAGUCGGAAAAUAUAUCUGCAGGACUUCUCAACAUAACAACUAGUAUUUACGGCAUUAUACUGAUUACAUCGUUAGGAUUAUUAAUGAACAUGUACGGCGACAUUCCGGUGCACAUCGGCUUAUGCUUGGCUUUGCUACUCGGUUUCAUUUUGACCGCUAUAACAAAAGAUGAGCAGAGACGACAAAACGCAAGAAAAAAAGCUCAAUUUGAAGGAAUCGCUAGAAUUGAAAAGCAAACCGAAGGCGUUCCAGAAAUGACUCAACUAACUUAUAGUAUUACUUAAUUGUUACAAAUAAUCUUAUUAAAUGUUUCAUAAUGCUAAUA